CAGGAACGUGCGACGUCCCUAUUGCUCGUGAUAUGUAUGUAGUUCGCUAGCUAACCAACACAUUUUCUCCGGUAGCUAGUUAAAAUAAGAGAUUAACUUCAAGCAAAACAUUAGAAAAUGUAGCUGGUUAAAUGCUUUCUACGAUAAACCUGUUGGCAAAAAAAGACCUUGCUCUUUCAUUGUAAACGUCUUAUGUUGUGUAGCUUAGUUGCUAGCCAAAUAGCUUUACAUUAUUUUAUUUUGUGUGAAAACUAUAGUUGCACGCCCCCGAGUAGCGCAGCGGUCUAAGGCACUGCGUUUCGGGUGCAAGAAGUCCCUGAUUCGAAUCCAGGUUUAAUCUCAUCCGGCCGUGAUUGGGAGUCCCAUAGGGCCUCGUCCGGGUUUGGCCGUCAUUGUAAAUAAGAAUGUCUUCUUAACUGACUUGCCUAGUUAAAUUUUUAAAAAAUACAUAAAUCUCGGGUCAAGAGUCAGUUUAUGCUUGAUCCGAAAACGCGGACGCCAUAUGGGCGGUAUGGUGCAAUUACAAACCAGAUUGGAGGCGCACAGAGGCCACAUUUAACUCUACCGCAUCGCAAUACGCCUCUUACAUUUCCGUAGGUGAGGGUGGGAGGUCCUGUAUAAACACAAACUCACUUCACAUCUCUGAGCUGCUCGGAAAAAGCCCAAGUAUGAAUGCCGACUUCUGCAGAGGCCAUAUCACCGUAAAUGUUGCAAGGCCUAUGCAGCGCUUUAAAAAAAAUGUUUAUGAUGGUGUGCGUUUUUAAAAUGCAGAUUUCUAAAAGCUAAAGCGACCCCUGCCCUGUUGGCCUGGUAACUGCUGCAAUGUAACAUUAGCUAGCUAGGAAACGUCUGAAAUGUGCAAGGCAAACGUAAAUGACAUGAGUUUCACUCCGAACUGAAGCCUGGGCAGCUGCUAACUUAACCAACCUCUGGCUAAAUCGUGGGCUUUAUGGAUCUCCACUAGUAACACUAUAACUACAUAGAUACUGGAGAUCCAUAAUGCCCACUAGCAGCUGCCCAGCCUAACGCAUAACUAACUAUUUUACACUACUGUAAAUAAUACUGAAGCUAAGACACCUUGACCUGUUGAUAUUUAGCUAACGUUAGUUAGGUUUUUUUUAAAGUCCCUGGCUUCGUCAAGUCGCGUCUUUACGGAGGCCAAUCAAAAACGGUGGCGGUACAUUUGAGUCCACAAUUUUCCAUCCGGUGCACCAGCAAAGGCAUCAACACAUAAACAUCUUAAAGUCUGUUUACUGUCCAGCAAAUGACAAUGUAAGAGUGUAUGCUUUGAUUUUAAUUGUAAUUCAUGAAGUGUAUUGAUGAAUUGGCAAGUACUAGACAGGUAGCUGUUUUUUUAGAGCAAGGUCGCUCAUGAGAGCCGUGACACAUCUAGUAGCAGAUAGCUAACGUUAGCUAGCUCAGGUGGUGACAACAAUCUGUGACUACUGCCGCGUUCAUAACAUAUCCGGCCUCAAAUACAACUGGGAACUGAGAGGGAGGGAAACCGUGUUUUGAACGGUCAUCCAACUUGUCAGUCCAAGUCUGCAACUCGGGCCUCUUUCGAGAGCUCUGAGUUUCCGACCUAAAGAUGACCCACGUCAUGAUUUUACCUGUUUAUUGUCUUUCAACUUCCCAGUUGUUUUGAAAGCACCAUCCCACAGAGUUUCUAAACCUCUUGGAUCGUACUUUCUUGCUAGCUAGCUAGUUACAGCAACAGCACAGAUUAAUACAGCCUGUAUUUCUUUGGUAACAACAUCUGUCCUACAGUCCUAGCUAGCAUCCUUAUUUCUUGAAACAUAUCCAUGUCCCACCCUGGCAGCACAAUCCAUUGAAGAUGGAAAUGUAUGUUUCCAGCAUAAGCAAACGUAAUGCCACAAAGACAGAUCUGAGUUUGUUGCUGGAGUGUCUGAAGUACCAGAUGAAAUGUCCUGCUUCACAGAAACAAGCUCUUUUCACCAUCUACUCCAUCUGUCAACAGAGAGAAGAGAAUGUGGACUUCUUCAGAGAGAUGGGAGGAGUGGUGUUUGUGUAUAACCUCUCUAAAUCCAGUGCUCACUCAGAGGUCAGGGAGACUGCUCAGUUCACACUGGGAAUGCUGGCAGAGGCCAAUGUGUACUGUAAGCAGGCCCUGUGUAGGAGGGAGACAUUCAGUGAUCUGGCCGAGUGUCUGAUGCAGCAGGACAGUCCACUGACCCAGAGGAGAGUAGCUGUCUACCUGCUCUCUGUCCUUGUCGCCAACAACCGGUCUGGCCAGAAGUUCGCUCAGACCUCAGGCUGUCUGGAUAUCCUGCUGGACUUGUUCAGAACUAGUUUCCCUCUCUCUGGUGAGGCCACAGUGAGACCUGCUAACGUCACUCAGCUGUUCCAACUCUGGACCUCUGUGUCCAGUGCUCUCUGUGGCUGUGUCAACAACCCCCAGAAUGAGGAGAGCCAGCGUAUGUGUGUGUCAGCCUUCCCCCUGGUCAAGGGCUGGCUGCAGCAGCUCUCUCACCCCUACGCAGAGAUGGUUCAGCCCAUCUGCUCCUUUAUAUCCAUGACUGUUGCCAACAACCAUUGUGCUCAGGAUAGUUUUUCCACAGUCGGCGGGCUCGGAAAUCUGACACUCACUCUGAUUCGCUUAGCCUCUGAUGCCUCCCACAGCCCAUUGGCCUGUCAGCUGUCUGUCAUCAUGACCAAGACCCUGUCAGCCUGCAUCAUUGACAACCCUGUGUUGGCGUCAGGUCUGGCAGGUUAUGGUUUGGUUCCUCAGCUCCACUCCCUGCUGUCCAGCCCCAGCCUGGAGCCCCAAGACAGGCUCAUUGUCAUACUCACCCUGGGACACUGCACUGAGGCCUCUGAGGAGCACCGGUCUCAGUUCUUACAGUGUGGAGGUCUGUCCCUCAUCAUCGCUCUACUGACUGAGUCUACCAGUGAAGAGCUCAGGAAGGCUGCUGCCUUCAUACUGCAGACCUGCAAACAGGCUACUGUGUUUCUGCGCGGUGCGGUUCAUGGGGAGUCUCAGGGUCAGACUGCGGAGCUGGAGCCCCCUGUGGACAUGGAGGGGUACUGGAGGUCAGCACGAGACAUGCUGCACAGGAUCAACGAGCUGGAGAGACAACAGGCUCAGGGAGCGGAGGAGGAGUGGGAGGGGGUUGAACCAAGUUCCCCAGACCGACAGAACCCUGCAGAAUGGGAGAGGAAGGAGCUACUUUUACCUCUACCCCUACCCCCAUCCUUAUCCCUACCGCCUCACCACACCUCUUUACCAUACCAGGAGUGGAAUGGAGGCAGGAGGUGUGAGGAAAGAGAGCGUUGGAGAGGAGUAGAGAGUUGGGGUCAAGAGAGAAGAGAGGAGGGAGGAGGAGAAGAGAGGGGGAUGUCCUGUGAACACACCCCAGUCCGGCCGGUUCUAGUGGAGAGGGGUGGAGAUGGAGAGAGAGAGGAUCUACACCAUAGAGUCCUAGAGGAGAAUCAACCCACAAACACAGGGCAGGACCUAACGAAGCGUGUAAGGAGACAGACCAGUGAGGAGCCUCAGAAACCCAGCCACAGCAGCAGAGAGAGUGAGAGGGAGAAGAGAACACACACACAAAGUCACACCACUCUGCACAUGUACACACUUGGAAACACACAACCAGAGAAGGACAGGGGCUUGGCAGCUAAGAGAAAUACUUAUCCUCUCUACACAAACACACUCGCAGAGAAAUGCACAAACACAGCAUCACACACACAGACCGAGAACCGCAGAGACAAGCACCUUGACAUGAGAGAGCAGGCUCACACACCGUCUGUGUCAGCCGUGGGCUAUGAUGGACCUGGUAGAGCUAGUGUCCCUGGGCAGCCCCGUGAUGGAGAGGAUGAGAGGUGUUCUGUAUAUCUGGGGACAGGAACACUGGUCCCCUCCUCCUCCAGUCCACUAGAAGGACACUCCCAGACACACACACACAGCCAAGUGUUCAAGUGCCCAGCUCCAGCCAAGCCAGGAAUGAGCAGGCAGAAGAAACUGUUGGAUGAUGAAGGCUGUGUGUUCGGUUUGGUGACCAGCCGGUCGUUCCCUGUCCUCCAAAGGAACUGUCCCCACAGCUGUGACCUGCACCUGGUAUUGCAGCAGGCCACACACAGCUACACACAGCACCUCCGAGAUAUACGCAGGAGGAGAGAAAUACACACAACGGGACAGAGAGAGACUCAGCGAGGGACACAGAGCGUCUGGGAUCACUGCAGAGAUAAGAUUCCUGAAGUGCUGAACACACCCACACUCCGAUGUGAUUUGAAUUGGGAUAUGUGUCCUGUUGUAACAGAGGCCAGUCUGACUCCUGUCUGUAAAGGAACCCUCCUGAGGAGCUUCUCAACCAACAGCGGACAACGCAACACUGAUCACAACCAUGUGAGUCUCACUCCACUUGAGACCUGUGGUCCAUGUGAAGGUAUUGCUCAGAAUCCUUUGCAUAAAGGUCUGAUGAAGAGCCUCUCUUCUGUGACCAGCAGGGGGCAGGAGAGAGGAGACAGAAGGGAGGACGAUGUCAUCGGUGGGGAGGACGGUGUCAUCGGUGGGGAGGACGGUGUCAUCGGUGGGGAGGACGGUGUCAUCGAUGAUCAGCAGAAGACUCUUUCUAUGGGAAACCCAUCUUUGACCCAGAGCAGUUCCAAAACCAAGGAAAAGAGGGUGAAUACCAAUGAGAGGAGGGAGAGGAGGAACUUCAGCCGUGAGGAGGAGAGUUAUCUGUGUCGAGGUAUAGAGCGGUUUGGUCCAUCCUGGAACUCCAUCCUUUGGGCCUAUCCGUUCCAGCCGGGACGCACCAACGUUGACCUGGCCAAGAAAUACAAACGCCUGCAGGUGAUAGGCAUCAACAAUGGUUUUACAAAAAUGUAUGUAUGUCACUGACUUCAAUUUCAGUUGGUGAGUAUUCAACUGACCCUGCUCUCGUCAUUUUUUUGGGUCUUGUUCUCCAUUUUGUUCUGUCUCUCUCAUUCUCUCUUUCUCUCCCUACAGGCUAAAGCCCAGGGUAUGGAUUCAGACUCCAUGAGAUCCUAGAAGAACACAUUGUCUAUUGUACAUAAAUCACAGUCAUAUAUUUGAAAUACUCUAAUGUAAUAUUCAAUAAUAGUUUAAAUACUAUAAUUUAGUCCCCAGUUUGAAAUGAAUUACUAUGCUGUGCUACUGUAAAUAAAAUACAUAAUUUAUUUAAUUUAGUACUAUAUUUGAAAUAUGUUAAUUUCAUGGUCAUGGAGGAUUAAUGAAGAGUCCGUUCUGUAUUUCUCAACCUUGUUUUUUUUACACAGCAGUAUUUUGCUGCCUAUUUGAAGUAGUUGGAAUAUUGUUUGGAAUAGAAAAAUUGAAAUGAUUUGUGUAAUGAUUUGCACUUGACGGUUUCAUAAUUUAUCUUGUUCAUUGUUAAUGUAUGAAUUGAGAUUGAAAUGGUUGUUCACUCGUCAUCCCCUGAAGUUGUUUGUAUUGAAUUAAACAGAAGGGUGUCUGUAUGCAGUGAAA